AUGCAAAUAUAUUUUGUGCUUUUUAUUACAAAUCAGAUAUGUUUCAAUCUUGUAUCGUUAUAUCCAAUACCGGAUGACGACAAUAAUUUAGAAUUAACAGGUCCAAGUGACUUGUUAAGUUCAACGAUUACUCCAAAUGAACUACCUACAAUGCCCUCAUCAUCCAAUCUAGUUAAUUUAAAUAAUAGUGACAAUACUGAUAAUUUGUUAGAAACAACAACAAUAUCUCCAACUACCACAAAUACCAAUACAGAAAUUUUCUUAAAUACUUCAAGUACUGAAAUUUCAAAUACGGAAAGCUUGUCAGAAAUAACAACAAUGUCUAAUAAUAUUUCAACUACUGAAGUUUCAAAUUCAGAAAAUUUAUUGCUUGUGACCACACUGACUCCAAACAUUUCAAAUAUCAAUACAGAAAAUUUGUCUAGUACUUCAGGUACGGAAAUUUCAAAAACUGAUAAUUUGCUAGAAGUAACAACAAUAACUCCUGGUGUUUUAAAUGCCAGUACAGAAAAUUUGUCUAAUAUUUCAACUACCGAAAUUUCAAAUACUGAUAAUUUGCCAGAAGUAGCAACAAUAACUCAACCUGGUGUUUUAAAUGUCAGUACAGAAAAUUUGUCUAAUAUUUCAACUACCGAAAUGACAAAUACUGAUAAUUUGCCAGAAGUAGCAACAAUAACUCAACCUGGUGUUUUAAAUGUCAGUACAGAAAAUUUGUCUAAUAUUUCAACUACCGAAAUGACAAAUACUGAUAAUUUGCCAGAAGUAGCAACAAUAACUCAACCUGGUGUUUUAAAUGUCAGUACAGAAAAUUUGUCUAAUAUUUCAACUACCGAAAUGACAAAUACUGAUAAUUUGCCAGAAGUAACAACAAUAACUCCGUCAACUUCUAGUAUAAUUUCUACAGUAAGUAAUACUCCAUCAAGUACAUCUCUAAGUGAAACUUUAAGUACUCCAAGUGGACUAAUUACAUCCACUGUAAUAAUUAUAUCAAGCACAUCUAGUACAGUUAAUACUACAAGUGAAGCCAUCCUAUCAAGCUCAUCAUCUACACGAUCUACAAGAAGUUCAACAAUUAUACCAAGUGUUUCAAGCUCUCUUAGUACAUUAACUACAUCAAACGUACAACAUACAUCUAGUCUAUCAAGUACAUUAAAUACAAGAAGUGAUGCUAGUAUAAAAAUUGAUCCGAAUGCAACAAAUUCGCCAAUUCUAUCAACUACAUCGCGUAAUUCAAUUAUGACAAUCACACAGAGAAGUGAGGAGAAGCCACAUUAUCCUGUGACAGGUACAAGUUAUCCAUAUCCACCCAGACAAACAAUGAUUGGUCGAGCCAUAGAGUCUCUUUCCAGAUGUUUAAAUUUUGUUUAUGACCGAAUUAUUGAACCAGCAGCAAAAGGAAUAUCGAAAUUAUUUAGUCGUAUUUUUCAAUAA